AAACAUUAGUUCUUUGUCAUAUGCAUAAAGCCAAAAGUAACAGAAAUAUCAAAUCAAUCAGUAUCACUUAUGCAACAAUUUAGAAAGAGGGGAAGGAGUAUAUGAGUCUUGUGAUUUUUUUUAAAUAGUCAGUUUAUUUCAGACUAUGUAUGUGGUAAUUAGUUACACAAAACUUCUUCAGAUUUCAUGGGUGACUGACUACAAUUACUCAUACAGUCUUUGUUUUGUGACUUAUAUUUUAUCAAAUCAAUGUUAAUCCAUGAAAGCUGGAUGUAAAUACUUAGAUAGCCCAUACGAAAAUCUAAAUAAUAUUAUAAAAACUGAUUUAACUACUGAGAGUUUGUUUUUUGGAGAAAGGAAAAUCUUUUUUAAAAAAUAGACCAAUUUUGCCUUCUCCCAUUAAUACCGAAGAGCAAAGCAUAAGCAACCUAUUAUUGUAUUUGAAAUACAGACUUUGAGAACAGAGUUGAUGUAUUAACUCCACCCUAUUCAUUGCCUGUGUAUAUGUUAAGACAUGUAACUGCGGCACAUAAAACCAUUAUGAACUAACCUUCAGAAAAUUUUGAUAUGUCAUCAAUAUGCUGAUAUCGUAAGCCAUUUCUCUUAAUUUCUUCAGAAACACAAAAGGCUGGGAAUUGAUGGGCUAAAUAAGAUAUAAAUUAAACUGACAUUAAAACUUAUAUAUAAUAAUGUAGCUAGAGAUUUCUUAGAUGUAAAUAUGAGAGUGAUGUCUGUUCACUUUAUGGCUGCAGUCCAUCUGUAAUCUUUGUUCCUAUUGGAUGUGGUUGCUAUGGGAAUUAUUCUACACAGGACUAUUGCAAUAACAUUUCUCAGAAAAAAACACAAAAAAUUAUUUCCCAAAUAAUGUAGCAAAAACUUCACUAUUGAAGAAAAAAGAGUUGAUUAAAACUAAAAUGGCCGAUAUUCCAAAGUGUAGUUUAAUUAUUUUUUAAUUCUCAUCUUACAGGAAAUAUGAAGAUAUCAAAAACAGCAUGAAUAACUUUACUUCUACAUCCUCUUUUCUGUUGCUGGAAUUCUCAGAUAUGAGAGAACUACAAAUCUUAUCCUUUUUUGUCUUCCUAGCACUCUACUUGACUGCAUUAAUAGGUAACCUUCUCAUUGUCACUGUCGUUGCAGUUGAUUCCCACCUUCACACUCCUAUGUAUUAUUUCCUCUUUAAUUUGGCCAUGUCGGAUAUUGGAUCAAUUUCUGUUAUGGUGCCCAAGGCUAUGGCAAUGUCCCUUAAGAAUGAUAGGUCAAUUACUUAUGCCGGCUGUGUUGCUCAGGUUUUCUUUCAUGUGUUCUUUGCGACCUCAGGUUUUAGUGUCCUAACUAUUAUGGCUCAUGAUCGCUAUGUUGCAAUCUGCCACCCUCUCCAUUAUGAGAGAAUCAUGCACAAAGGAGCCUGCCUACAGAUGGUAGCCAUUGGGCUGAUUGGUAGUCUUAUUUAUACCAUAUUACACACCGGUGGCACCUUUGGAAAUACUUUCUGUUCCAAUAUUGUCAAUCAGUUCUUCUGUGAAAUUCCACAAUUAAUAAAGCUGUCCUGCUCAGGUAUUUCCAUAAUGGAAACUGGGUUUCUUAUUCUGGCAUUUAGUUUAGCAUUAGGGUACCUUAUCGUCAUCAUUAGAUCAUAUGUACAGAUCUUUGUUGUUGUGCUUAGAAUUCCUUCUUCACAAGGUCAGAAAAAAGCCCUCUCCACUUGUGUUCCCCAUCUCACCGUUGUCACAAUGUUUGUAGCCAGUGGGGUCCUUGUCUAUGCAAGAUCUACUGCUCAAUCUUCUAAUCUGGAUUCCAUUUUGUCCAUGAUAUAUACCAUAAUUCCUCCAACAUCAAAUCCAUUUAUCUAUAGUGUUAGAAACAAAGAGGUCAAGACUGCUUUGCAAAAUCUGUUACGUGUUGCGAUUUCCUAUAAAAAUAAAUUUAAAGUGGUUCUGUGAGAAUUGAGUUAUAUGAUCUUUCAAA